AUCCCAGUUCUUCUGAUCAUCUCUCUCAUCAGCAGCAAUAUACUCCGUAUCGCAACGCAACGCAACGCAACGCAAACGCAAAGCACCAACAAGACGAUGCCACUCCAUGCCCUGUUUCUAUCUGUGCUUCUCUUUUGUUGCUGUGUGUUUUUGCCAGUAUCGUCUCUUCGAAUUCUCUUGACCAACAACAAUGGGUAUUCGGACAAUGGCAUGCCGUUGCUGCGCGAUGCGUUGAUAGCGGCAGGCCACGAUGUGUUUGUGUUUGCUCCAACGACUCGUCUGAAUGGUGCCAGUGCGGCGUUGGAUUUGCCCGUGGUCAAUGUGACACAGCGUGACGCAUCCAGUAAUAGUCAAGAAUGGGAGGUAGAUGGAUACGCCGCGACAUGUGUGUUGGUAGGGUUGAGUCAAAUGCAACUAUUGUUGGAUGCCAGUUGGAUUCCCGAUUUGGUGAUUAGUGGCAUCAACGAUGGAUACACCAGUGGAAGUCAAGAUUGGCAUUCGGGAACACUGGGUGGCGCCUUGACGGGUCUUUCCAAGGGCGUCCCUUCGUUGGCCAUUCUCACGGACAGUCCCCAAGAAGUCACGGAUUCCUACUUUAUCAAUGUGGCGCAAUUUGUGGUCCAGUUGGUCGAUACGUUGGAAGACGUCUUUGCCGAAUUCCCCCUUGGAGUCGGUCUCAAGAUUAUCUAUCCCCGCCAAGAAACACCCGAUGCUGUGCAAGGAGUGGUACUGGCGGGAAACAACAAUUACUUUUUCGUCACUUUUGACUACGUGCUCAGCGACACGGUACCCAAUCAACUCGAAGCCAAUAUCGUAUUUGUACGGGAUUCCACCAGUACUACAGAUGGUGCUACAACCGAAGAUAGCAACAGUCUGGCCCAGAGCGAUUCCCAAUUGGUGCGGGAUGGAUACAUUACGGCGCUACCCAUUCAAGCAGAUGUCUCACUCAAGGCGACCAAAUACAAUGAAAACUUUCUAGGAGGACUCGCCGUCAUGUUGGAAACCAUGGAGCUACAGACACCAAUAGCAAGUUAGCUUACUUAUUAGUCAAGCAGGCUACCCAAGUAGCUAAUCAUGGGAUGGAUCAAAAGAAAGGUGAGGCAGGCCAAGGAAAAAGGCUUCUGGCUGGCCAAUACAUACGACGCUGAGCACAGGAGAUAGAGACUGCAUGAUCAUGCAACAAAAGUUCGAUCCGCUUUAUUAAAAAGAUAAUAGGUUUCUCCAAAGCAUGCAUAACUAACUUGCUUGUUGCAAAGU